AUGGGGAGCGAACAAUACUUGCCGGAGCUUCAGGCGGAGAAGGACACGUUGGAUCCAGCUUUCCAACAUUCUCUUCGGCUACUCGAGCAAGAAAUUGAAAAGAUUCAGAAGGAUGAAGGCAAGGAGGAGGAAAAGUUUAUCGAUGUCGUCAUCAACAAGAACAUGAAACUGGGCCAGAAAGUUUUGAUACCAGUCAAGCAGUUUCCUAAAUUUAACUUUGUCGGCAAACUUCUCGGGCCACGUGGAAACUCGUUAAAGAGGCUACAGGAGGACACCCUCACAAAGAUGUCCAUUCUGGGCAAAGGGUCCAUGCGUGAUAAAGAGAAGGAAGAAGAGCUGCGCCAGAGUGGUGAAGCCAAAUACCAACACUUGAACGAAGACCUGCACGUUCUUAUCGAGGUGUUCGCCCCACCGGCUGAGGCCUACGCUAGGAUGGGGCACGCCUUAGAGGAAAUCAAAAAGUUUCUCAUACCAGAUUACAACGAUGAGAUCAGACAGGCCCAGCUGCAGGAGCUUACGUACCUGAAUGGAGGUUCAGAAGAUGCCAAGGUACCAGCAGUAAGGGGCAAGUCAGCCACCCGUGCAAGAGGGACACCUGUUCCAGGAAUUCCCAGGAGUCGAGGAGGAGUACCCCCUUUGCAUGCUGCCAUGCCAAGAGGAGCAGCACCCAGAGGAGCCCCGCCCAGCCGCACACCAUCUGCAAGGGGGAGGGGGGUGCAACGAGCCCGGGGAGCCCCCCCUACAAGUGGAUACCGCCCAGCUCCACCUAUUGUGCAGGACACUUAUGACGAAUACGACUAUGACGACGGCUAUGGAACUGCUUAUGACGACCAAGGAUAUGAGUCCUACGACAACAAUUACACUAAUCACGGACAAAACUCAGACGACUACUAUGAAUAUGGACAAGGUGGCGAAUCGUAUGAUUCAUACGGUCAAGAAGAGUGGGCAAACAGUCGCGGAAAAGCGCAGUCGGCGAGGACGACUAAGGGAGCCUACAGAGACCAGCCGUACUCCAGAUACUGA